AUGCCCCGCGCCUUCCUGGUCAGGAGUCGGCGUCCACAGCCUCCCAACUGGAGCCACCUGCCUGACCAGCUCCGGGGAGAUGCCUAUAUCCCAGACUGCAGCAGCCUGAGGAGGCCACUGGCACAACAGUCGUCCAGUGUCAGGGAUCCAUGGACAGCGCAGCCCACACAGGACAACCUGACCUCUGCUCCCAGGGGCCCAGGGACACUGGGCUGCCCGCUCUGCCCUAAGGCCUUCCCUCUGCAGCGCAUGCUGACAAGGCACCUCAAGUGCCACAGCCCUGUGCGCCGCCACCUGUGCCGCUGUUGUGGCAAGGGCUUUCAUGACGCCUUCGAUCUCAAGCGCCACAUGAGGACUCACACUGGGAUCCGACCCUUCCGCUGUAGUGCUUGCGGGAAAGCGUUUACGCAGCGCUGCUCCCUGGAAGCUCACCUUGCUAAGGUGCACGGGCAGCCGGCCAGCUACGCUUACCGCGAGCGUCGCGAGAAGCUGCACGUGUGCGAGGACUGCGGCUUCACCAGCUCCCGGCCGGACACCUACGCACAGCACCGCGCCCUGCACCGCGCAGCCUGAUACGGUGUGCCAGCGUCCUCCCCACGAGGCAAAUAAACACAGGAAACUCA